AUGCCCAAAUGUUCCCUCAUUCCUCCCUCUGGAGUUGCAGCGAGGAGCAGCGAGAAACACAGCACAGGCGGCACCCCGAGAACCCCAGAGUGGACACCUGCACCCACAGGCAUCGUGUCCGUGCACCUCAGGAAGGACAGCCUUGGCAACCUGACCCUGCUGGCCAGCCCUGGCCUGGGGCAGCCGGACAGYGCUGGCACUGACCCCACCGUCACCCUGUGGCACAAGUGCAAGUGGGCAGCCAGUGCCAGCAGCGAGCACGGGCUUGUCAAGUGGAGCCACACCCAGGUCACCAAGACCUUCAAAGACAGCUGCCCUGGGAAGAUGCUUUUGAGGACAGACCUUCAGUACCACACAGAUUCCCUUUUGGAAGAUGCAAAUGGAAACCAGCCAGAAAGGAAGAGCUACAACCCCUGGGGACUGCACUGUCACCGGCAGCACCUGAAYCGCAUGUCCUCCAAGCUUAACGAGAACAAACUUCAUCAGUUUCUCCUGCUGGAGAACGUGGUGUCCAAGUACAGCUAUCCCUGCAUCCUGGACCUGAAGAUGGGCACUCGGCAGCACGGAGAUGACGCCUCAGAGGAGAAGAAAGCCCGGCACAUCAAGAAGUGUGAGCAGAGCACCUCAGCAUCACUGGGUGUGCGCAUCUGUGGGAUGCAGGUCUACCAAGCAGACACUGGCCAUUUCCUGUGCAAAGACAAAUAUUUUGGGAGGAAGCUCUCCCCGGAGGGAUUCCGGCAGACGCUGCGGCAGUUCCUGUGCAAUGGGAACCAGCUGCGGGUGGAUUUGCUGGAGCCCAUCAUCCUGCGGCUCAAGGCCCUGCUCUCGGUSAUCAGGAAGCAAAGCUCCUACAGGUUCUACUCCAGCUCCCUCCUCAUCAUUUAUGACGGACAGGAGCACAAGGAGAGCACGGAUCAUCACCUUCCCUUCACCAAAACUCAUAGCAUGAACCCUUCCAGAGUGGAUGUGAGGAUGAUUGACUUUGCCCACACMACCUUCAAAGGCUCCAAGAGCAAUCCCAACCCCACCCCACACGACGGGCCUGACCACGGCUACAUUUUUGGCCUGGAGAACCUCAUCAAAAUCCUUCAGAAUCUGUCGGAAGGAAAAUGAGAAUUUCUGUGAAACAGCCUGGAUUUCCUAGUGACCGAUAGCCCUGAAAAAUCCCGCCUGGGGUCAGCUGUGUGGGACCCUCYGGCUGCUGGAUGUGCCGUGCGUGGCACGGAAUGAGCACGGAUAACUCGGGAAGUGCUGAAAACUCAAACUGAACUGAAGCAUGAAAAGCAGAGAGCUGGAAGAAUCUGUUCUCUCUCUGUCAUCCAUCAGAAGAUUUAUUUUCCUUUCCGGUUUUACUGCUGUCCUUGAUUUAUUUGUGAGCCAAAGAAAGCAUUGCUUGGGAAGAGUCUUAAUGAUAAACCAGGAGCUGCUCGCCCUGCAGCCGAGCGGGAGGAGGGGGUUUGGGGCAGGAAUGAACAGAUGGAGCUUCCCUUUCUGCUCCUGCUCAAAUUAAAAACACCCUCCGACAUUCCCAGUGCUCCUGGUCAGGAUUCUCUGUGCACGUGUUCAAAUAYUCAGACCAAGAGCUGCACCUCGCCAAGCUUUUACAUCCCUGUGGAGUCGUAACAGGGAAUUUUCCAGGAAUUUUCUAGGACAGAGGCUCCACUGGGGCUGGAAGCAUGGGAAUGCGAUGACUCUGUCAGGUAUCAGUCACAAAAAACAUUCACGUCRAGGGAUUUUUGCUUAAAAAAAAGAAAAAAAAGAAAAAAAAAAGUGUGAGAUUGAGCCAGGGACUGGACGUCAAAGGUCACCCAGAAAUUCUUUGAUACAAAUACUGUGUGUGUGCGUGUGUGUGUGUGUUUGAAGGAGACAGCAACAAAAGACUCAAAUGUUUACAGCUUUUGUGGACAGAUUUUAUUAUUAUGAUGAUGGAACAAAUACAAUUCCUUCCUGCAUGGUGUGGGAAACCUGAAGGAGAAGUCCUUGCACAAGGAACAGAGCUACAGAACUCCACUACCGGGGA